AUGGCGGCCUUGCCAGCAGGUGUUCAGUAUGGGUUAUCAUCGGAGUCUAGUUAUAAAGAAAACAAGGAACUAGUGUUUGUGAAAUUAACGGAUUCAGCGCUUAAAGCUAUUGAAGACUUUCUUAGAAAUAAUAGGGACAGAUUGGCAAAACCUAAAAUACAGUUCCUACCCGGAAAUGAAGGGAAAAUCUCCAUUCCGGCGCCAGCCAGUGGCAAUGGCCAAGCAGGCGAGGCUACAUUUCACUUCAGCAUUAAUAGUAAUGCGGAGAUGGAGGGUCCACAGGGUUCGUUCGAGUGUGUUCGAAAUGGUGGAGCACGGCGCUUGGAGUCGUGCGGGGCAUUAUCUCGCAGAAUGCGUGUACAGGCCAACGACGACUCGUACGAGGCCACCAAGGACCGUAUGGCGAGAACAGUCGCCGCGGAGCAGAGUAAAUGCACCCGCGUAAUCAAACCUAACCAGACGGACAUCGGACGUCGCGUUAAAGUGCGCUCGACGCAUCCUUACUCGGGUGUGGGAGCGAACCAGUUAGCCGAUCGGGCUGAAAGGUCCGAAAGGCCUGAGAGGCCCGACAGGCCCGAAAGGCCGGAAAGGCCUGAACGGCCUGAGCGGCCUGAGCGAGCCGAAAGGCCCGAGCGACCUGAACGAGCCGAGCGGCCGGAAAGGCCAGAUCGGCCCGACAGGCCAGAGCGGCCUGAGCGUGUGGAAAGGCCAGACAGGCCGGAUAGGCCCGUCCCGCCUGCGCCCCGGCCUCAGCCGGCGCCGGGCGUACCUCCGCACCAGUCUCACCCCCAGCAUCAGCAGCACCCACAACACCCGCCCACCCAGCACCAGCCACAGCGGCCACCCCCUAAUCCGGAUCUCACUAGGCGGUCCAUCAAAGAAAGACUUAUACAAUUAUUAGCAUUGAAACCCUUCAAGAAGCCCGAAUUGUACACGAGGCUUACUACCGAGGGUAUCAAAGAAAAGGAUCGCAGUUUCGUGAACAAGAUUUUGAGUCAAAUCAGUAUACUCAAGGAUAAUACUUACCAAUUACGUAGAAGCAUGUGGAAUGACGUCAACGAAGAUUGGCCGUUCUACACUGAGGAGGAGAAACGUAUACUCAAGAGGCGGAAACCUCAAAAUCUAACGCCACCGCUAAGUAGCGAUUCGGCCAACUCGUUGUCCCCACGAGCGUCGCCUUCUGGCAACAAGAGAGCAAGUAGUGCGAGUAGUGCGGGUAGCGUGGCUAGUGCGGCGGGGGGCGCGGUGCCCGGGGCCGCGCUGCCGGCGCUGGGCGCUGAAGAGGCGCCGGCCGCCAAGAAGCAGCGCAUCUCCCAUUACCGCCGCCCCUCGCCACCCUCCUCGGGCUACGCCACCACUUCCUCGGGCGAGCGACAGGCCUCCGACAACGAGGAUGACCGAACCACCGUUAAAAAGGACGGUUAUAGUAACGGUUAUACCCUUAACUAUAAUACUGUAAAGGAUCUCUGUCCCAGUCCUGUGAAGACGAAUGGUUUUAGAAGUAGUCCCCCAGUAGAACCCCAAACGAAUAUCACAGAAAAAGACAUCACAAAUAAUGAACCCUUAGAAAAUACAGAAUUAGCGCCUGUCCCUGAUGAGAAUAUGACUGACUUGGAAGAAAUUGAAAGAUCAUCAUGGAUAUCAAGGCAAUAUCCGCCUAUCACUAGUUCUAACAUUCGACGGGCGUAUAAGAACGAGUUUGCGGAGCUUUAUACGGAGUACCGGUCGCUGUACAACCGUGUGGCGCAGGUGGCCGCGAUGUUUACUCGCUUAGAACAGGAGUUAAAACGCGCGCAACCUCUCUCGCCGCAUCACCAGAGUAUAGAACAACGCAUCGUGGACGAAUACCGACGCGUUAACAACGACCCAGCGUAUAAGCAGGAGAGGCGGCGUGUCAACUACCUGCAUCGCAAACUUACUCACAUCAAGCGUAUGGUUUAUCAGUAUGAUCAGGUGUCUGUAACGCAUUUAAAGGACUACGGGAACAUACCACGAAACUUGAAGCCAGACCGUGUUUCGACCGCGAGCACAACGCAAGCGUACUGA